AUGGAAGCAGUCCCUUUUGGCUUCACGGCGUUUCUCCCCAGCGUGGAUGAUGGUACGCAGGGCGUUCAACCUGCAGCCGCAGAGGAAAAGGAUACUUCAUCAGAGUUCUUUGAUGCCCAGGAGCAGCGAGACAGCGCCUUGGUUAGUAUUUUGUACAGUAGCAGGGUGCCGAAAGAAGUUCGCAUCUCCUUAGGGCAAGCAGAGACAGGGGGUGUCGCGAUGAAUGUGACCGCCGAGGGUAUCCAAAGUCUGGCGCAAAGGUGCAAUGAUUUGCCUACGGCAAGCAAGGAGGCUUACCAGUUGGCUCAGCAGGACACCAAGAACAUGAUCAACUGCUGUGGGGAUGAGAAGUCGAAGGUCUGUCACGAUGGGCUGCUCGAGAUGAUCGACGACCGCGAACGCAGACACUUCGAGCUUAUCCUGGCGAUCGCCAAUGGUGGGCACCAGUGUGGAAACCUUUUGCAAGCCGUGAUGGACCUGUACCAAAGGAUUGACAAGAUAUUCGACAUCGAAGGCUCCGGGAAUGCUGGCAGUAACGUCAGCUUCAACAGCAAGUUCGUCCAGCAAGAGCUGCAGCGUUUGGAUGUGGUGAUCACAGACCUGGCAAACACGGAGCAGACCCUGUGCACUUUGAGCAGUGCAGAUCACAGAGACAGACUCAUGCGUGCCAUCCAAGCCGUGUCCAGGCAGCUGUGUACAUCUGACAUCCUGGCGAAAUUGAAAGAGGUCUUGAACACCAAAAGUCGCAUUGACGAGCAGCAGAACCAGGAGCACCUCAAGCGUGGAGACAAGCAGGCCCUCGUGUGGGUGGCAGAGGCUGAGAAGAACUGGCAUAAGACCCGCUUGGACCAUGCUGUGGAACACCGCGACAGGACCAAGAGUAAUCUCGAUGCCAAGAGGAAAGAGCUGCAAGAGCUGCAAACUCGCGAAAGCGUUUCUCGGGAAGACCUCUUGCGCAGCCAAAGAGAGCGCAAGAGGCAGCUGGAGAAGCAAGUCAAGGAGUUGCAGGAGCGGAAGGAGAAGGAGCAGGCCAAGCUUCAGGAACCCAUCGACCUGUGCCAGGACAAGACCGUGGAGCUGCAGAAUCGACUCUUGAACCUGGAUGCGCACAAUAUCAACCACAUAAUCAUCGUGGUAGAUAAGAGCGCGAGCAUGCACGGAAACCGCUGGAGAUCGCUGCUUCGCGCGGUCGAUGCUUUUCAAAAGGCUUGCGUCGCGAAGGGCUCGCAGGACAAAGUCACGGUUAUCACCUUCGACGUGGAAGCUUCAAGUCUUGUCAAAGCAGCUCCCAUUACAUCCGAUAUCGUUACUCGAUUCGGGCAGUACUUCGUAUGUUGGCGCGUUGAGGGAAGUGGCAAACUUGUGAGCUUUGUUGGUGAGGAGCAUGCAGCCGAUGAGCCAAGCUUCGCUCGCAUCUUCGUUGUCUUCCUCAGUGACGGUCUUACAGGCACAGAGGAUGUCAGCACAGCCACUUCUAUUGCAGCAAAGUUGAACGCUGACGCGACGGCAGCUAAGAGAUCGAUGUGUGCAUUCUUCGUGCAUGUGGACGACACCCCAUCUCGUCAGAUCGAAGAGCGUCUUCUGCCGAUUGUAAGGGCAGCCAAUGGCGGGCAGAAGUGCAAGGCAUUGGGAGAGAGUACCGUGGAUCUGUUAACGCCCGUGACUACAGGAGACCUGACGUCCCACUUUGCACAGCUGGCGAGCUACGUAAACAUGGAAAAAUGUGUGCUGGAGAGCAGACUUGCCAUGGUCAAAGCACAGGAAAAGGAGCUGAGGUCUAGAAGCACGCAGGAGACAAAGGCCCUGACGCAGGUUUACAAGGAUCAGAUGCAGGCCCUGACCAAGGCCAACAAGAUUGCAGAGAAGAGCAUGAAGAAUGAUCAUGCCACAUUGCAGAAGCUCUUUGCCGACAUGGUCGAAGAGUUGCAGGAGGAGGUCAGAGAGCUUGCGUCAGCAUCGGGAAAUGCGGAGGGAGCUGUGCUGCAGCUCGAGAUUGAGUACAAGAAGAGCCAAGCAAAACACGCCGCAGAAGAGGCUUCCUUCUCUCAGAGCGAGGAAGCAUUCAAGCAGACAUGCGAGAGCCUGUCCAAGAUGAGCCUGAACCAGGCGAAGGAGCUUGAGAAACUAAGCAAUCAACACAGCCAGUUCUUGGAGCAGUUUGGCACCACCGACGCCACGCUACUGUUCCGGCAGUUACAGGGUUUGGACAAGCUGACGAAGCAGCUGCAGAACAGCUCUGUCAUCGAGCAGGACCUGUGCUGCAUGGUGCACAGCAUGGUCACCUUCACCAACAGCUUGAAGGAUCAGAUCAGCAAUCCACUCCCUGGAGGAACCGAAAAAAUCACCAAAGCCAAGGUGGUGCUGAAAAAGCUGUUGAAACAGAGGCGGUUGAAGUACAAGGCCGCACGACUCUUCUUCUGCACUCCCCAGGAUCUGCCAGAGGAGGAUAUGCAGUCGCUGUUGACCUAUGAAGCUGAAGUACAACGGCUUGAUCCAGAGGAGGUUUGCAAGCCCAUCCUGUCUGCGGGAAUUACCGCGGAACGUAUUUGCGCGGCCGUGGAUGAGAUGGACAACAAAAAGGAUCUUGUCACGCUGGUUCAUCAGAAGGCUUACGAGAUGGACGAGUGCGAUACACAGGACAUUGAAGAGCAGCAACGAAUCAAGAAGAAAGAGCUGAAGAACAAAAAGGCCGAGCUGCUCAAGCAAGAGGCAGAGCUAAAGCAAGUUCAAAAGACACCUUCCAAGAGUAACGUCAGCACAAGUGACGAAGAAAACGACUCCAAUUGGGAGGUCGUCGACAAUUUCCAGGAGCAAGUGCAUGACCUCAAGGACGAAAUCAAGGAUAUUGAACGUGACAUCAAGGAUCUCGAGGCAGACAAGAACGGCAUGAAGUUAAGUGACUCGAUCCUCCUUGACUUGGUGCAACCAGCCGUAAAGACUGGCAGGCUCGCAGUGGAGAUUUGCUGCACCACCUUCCGGGAGCAGGUCGCUGAAGAGGAGAAAGCCGCUCUGCGAAGCACCUUCGAGUCCUUUCGACGCUUUGCCUCCAAUUUGGGCUUGAGACAGGUCGCAGGAACCAACAUCUCCAAGCCCAUGAGAACCUUCGUGAGCAUGACGGAGCAAGCCAAGAGCAGCCCAGAUGCACAGAGAGGUAUGUUCACGGACCGCUCCUCGAUGCAGCCGCCCACUCUCCUGGGCGCACAUGGUAGCGGAAAGCGCAUGGCUUUGGAAGAUGUCAAGUGUCAGGCCCAUAUGCUAGGUGCGUCUCAGCGGGAAGCAUGGAGGCUCUGCGAGGAUAGCGACCAGGUAGAGUUCGAGCUUGGCAGAGUUGCGAUGGACCAAGAAGGAUUGUUGCAGGCGAUGCUUCAGGAGGUGUACCAUAAUGACAGGCCCAUGGUUCAAAAUGUCCUCUGUGCAUUGCACUCGGAGCCCAAGUACAAAGAGAGCUUGUUGAAGCUCAAGUCACCUCUGGCGAUUCGAGCAUUCCUGAACAAACUGGUGAGCACACGGCCGCAAUCCUCGAAAGGCGGGCAGCAUCCUAAUCAUACUCCGUCACAGGGGCUAUCUCUACUGGAGACUUCAUCCUCGCAGAAUUCGGACGAACAAGUGGAAGCCAUGCGGAGGCAGUACCAGCAGUACGUUGGCACAGAGAUUGUGGAAUCGGAAUCUCACUGGACCUUGAUUCAUGACCUUGCGCCUGAUGCAGGAAGGGUGUCCCAAUGUCUGGGUACUUCAGCAUUCUUCACAGGUCAACAGUGCCAGCAAGCUGCAGCUGCUGCAUCGGCUCCAGCAGGACACGUGAAGAGUGUUUUGGACGGCAUGAAGAUUGAGAAAAUACUGGCUCCCCCUGCAGCCGCAAAGCCGGCGCUCUCGGCGACCACCAGUACUUGUCUGAUGCGAGCUGGAACAGUCUUGACAGUUGGAGUUCUCGGGUAUGAGUUCUGUGGUCAUGUCCGCCAGUAUUGGAACAACCAGGUUGAUCGCUAUGACCUAACAAACAGGCUGGUCUCCACCCUGGUUUCAGCAACGGCCGCUGCUGCCGGGGCAUUUGCUGGGGCCAGCCUCCUGUCAGGGGCUGAUCCAUGCGGGGUUGGCUUUGGUGCUACGGCAGGUGCUUGGCUUGCUUCAGAGCUCGCCAAGACAGCGAUGCACAAGGUGUUCAUGGAAUUGUUCGGGGACAGCAGAGAGCGUGCCCUCCGAGAUGCCUUUGCAGUACUUGGGCUCAGGCCCACUGCGCGCCCGAAGCAGAUCCGUCAGCAGUACUUGCGCCUCGCCACUGAGUGCCAUCCGGAUAAAACUUUAGGCUCACGCGACCGUUUUGUGCGAGUGAACUCUGCCUACGAGCUGAUCAUCCUCACCGCUCUACCCAGCAUGGAUGACCUUCGCAACCACGUGGACUGUGUGCUGCAGUCUCUUUAUGCGGAGAAGCCUGAGAAGCUCGGAGAAGUUAUGUUCUUGUUGUGCACCAUGGAUGAGCACUAUUCGCACCUGGCCAAGAUCACAUCAAUCCCCAAGGCUAUGGAGGGAUAUCUUGAGAGGCUGCUUCUCCAGAGCCCUAUGCCAUCGCCUGGGACUGGUGGGAUCCCUUUGAGUGUUGACGAAGCAGAGGUGAUGCUGAACGAUUGUCGUGACAGAUUUGGCACCAAUGUCGUUCGGCUGGAAAAGGCGGGCAUCAUAAGCCUUUCCAUUCGGGCCGGCUUAUCCAGGAGCUAUGCAGGUAUGGCAGUGGGCUGCGCAGGAGCUGCGGUGCAGUUUGCAGGAAUGACGUCUCAUUCGCUGCAGCGCGCUUUCGUGAUGACUGCAGUGUCCAGAGUUGCGGAAGCUGGGAGAGUUGUGCCGAUUGACCAAGCGAAUGUCUUCCAAGCCAUCUUCAUGAAGCGGCUCGCCAACGCUACAGCCGUGGAGUCUGAAUUGGCUCAGCAGCUUGCAAAAAGGUACGGUGACUUGGGAGCCGUUUGCAAGUGGGCGGGCGCGGCUGGCGCCAUCCUCCAGGUCGGGCUGCUCGGAUACGAGCUCUAUGCGGACAUCCGGAAAUACUGGAAGGGCGAAAUUGACGGCUACCAGUGUGCCGAGAACCUGACCAGCUCCUUCGCCUCAGCCGCAGCUGGUGCUGGAGGUGGUCUAGCUGCGGUAACACUAUGCGCUGGAGCUGCUCCUUGGGGCUUAAUUGUCGCCUCUUUGGCGGCAGGAUGUGUGGCAUCUGGGCUCACAUCCCUCGCAGUCCGUGCAUGCUUCCAACGCUGCUUCGACAAUGACCGGGACCGAGCACUGGACAAGGCCUAUCAGGUCUUGGGCAUCAACAGGGGCGCUGCUCUAGAUGUGGUGAGGCAUGCUUAUCUGACCAAGGCCAAGGAGACACACCCAGACAAAGGUGGGAAUGAGGAAAUGUUCAUUGAGUUGAACAGUUCCUACGAGCUGAUCCGUCGAACUUCUCGUAGAUCGGACGAUGGAGGGCAUUGUGGCUCCUCUCCGGCGCCGCAUCCGGAGCCAAUCCAAUACACAUGUCGAACUUAA